AUGGAUAUAUUUAAGCAACUCCAAAUAAAUAUUCCAUUUUCCGAAGCAUUGGAGCACAUGCCUAAAUAUGCCAAAUUCUUGAAGGACAUUCUCACCAAGAAGAAGCGGUAUCCGGAAAAUGAAACAAUCUUGCUCGAUGCUCAAUGUAGUGCUAUCAUCCAAAGAAAUCUCCCAAGGAAGGAAGCCGAUCCGGGACGAGUCAUCUUGCCGGUCACAAUCGGAGACACUUACAUCGGGAAUGGUCUCAUUGAUUUGGGAUCUAGCAUAAAUCUAAUUCCCUUAUCUAUCAUAAAAAGAUUGGGGAAUGUCGAGAUGAAACCUACCCGUAUGACAUUGCAACUAGCCGAUAAGUCCAGAACUUCACCCUAUGGAUUUGCUCAAGACAUGUUGGUCAAAGUCGACAAAUUCUUGUUCCCGGUGGAUUUCGUGGUAGUGGAUAUGGAAGAGGAUAAAGAUGUCUCAUUGAUCCUUGGAAGUCCUUUUAUGAAAACAGCCCGGAUGAUGAUAGAUAUCGAUGAUGGACUCAUGAAAGAAGUAGUGGAAGUGUGUAAUCAUAUUCAUACUUCUAAUACGUUGGAGAAAACUCUCAUAGGAGCUUACAACAAUUCCUUUGAAGAUGAAGAAAAAGAAAUCGAAGCUAUCUUGGAAAAGUUGGAGUUUUGUGGAGAAAUCAAACAAGAAGAGGAAAAGGUUGAGGAACUAGAGGUGGAUAGGAAAGAUGAGGAAGCAAAGGUUGAAUUAAAGGUGCUGCCCACUCACUUGAAGUAUGCUUUCCUUGGCGAAAAUUUCACCAAACUGGUGAUCAUUAGUAGUGCUUUAUCACCUAAAGAAGAAGAAAGAUUAAUCGAGGUGUUGAAGAGAAAUGAAGGAGCGUUAGGUUGGGUGCUGUCCAAUUUAAAGGGAAUUAGUCCAGCUUAUUGUAUGCACAACAUCAUGAUGGAAGACGAUUUUAAACCCGUAGCACAACCACAAAGGCGUUUGAAUCCAUCCAUGAAGGAAGUCGUGAGGAAAGAGGUGAUUAAACUAUUGGAAGCCGGGAUGAUUUAUCCCAUUUCCGAUAGCGCAUGGGCGGUUAAACCAAGCCACAAGAAAAGAUCAUUUCCCACUACCAUUUAUGGAUCAAAUGCUAGAGAGAUUGGCCGGAUGACAUUUGGUUUAUGUAAUGCACCGACAACAUUUCAACGAUGCAUGCAAGCCAUUUUUUCGGAUUUGAUUGAGGAGUGCAUUGAAGUUUUUAUGGACGAUUUUUCCGUUUAUGGUGAGUCUUUUGAUCUAUGCUUGAAGAAUCUAGAUGUGGUGCUAGGAAGAUGUGUAGAAACAAACCUUGUGCUUAAUUGGGAGAAAUGCCACUUCAUGGUUACCGAAGGAGUGGUUCUUGGUCACAAAAUCUCGUCAAGGGGUUUGGAAGUUGAUAAGGCUAAAGUAGAGGUGAUCGAGAAGCUGCCCCCACUGAUCAAUAUCAAGGGAAUACGAAGUUUCCUUGGUCAUGUGGGUUUCUACCGGCGGUUCAUCAAGGAUUUCUCCAAAAUAGCCAAGCCAUUGAGCAACUUGCUCAACAAAGGUAUGACUUUUAACUUUGAUGAAUCUUGUUUAAAAGCCUUUCAUGAGCUUAAAGAAAAACUUGUCACUUCACCCGUAAUCGUUGCACCGAAUUGGAAACUCGAUUUUGAACUUAUGUGUGAUGCUAGCGAUUAUGCGGUCGGGGCUGUUUUGGGUCAAAGAAGGUCUAAAGUUUUUCAUGCGAUUCACUAUGCUAGUAAAGUUUUCAAUGAAGCACAAAUAAAUUAUGUUACUACGGAAAAGGAAUUACUAGCUAUAGUUUACGCCUUGGAAAUUUAG